UGACACAUUUGACAAGUGUCACAGGGGUUUGUUUACAUUCUGAUUGCACCAGCAUUUGAAAUUUCUGAAUUUAAAAACAUUCCGAAUUAAAGCAUUUCGAAAGCAUUAUGCUAAAAGCUUUAAAAUGCAACAAGUGAAGCAUUUAAUAACGAAAAUGGCGGGUACAGCGGCGCAAAAAAUCAACCGGCCAUUUACCGUCAUCGUGGAGGGCAAUAUCGGCAGUGGCAAAACCACAUUUUUGCAACAAAUCGCUAGAAACGAGAACGUUUGCGUGCUAGCGGAGCCCGUGGACAACUGGCGGGACGUCAACGGGCAUAAUUUGCUGGGGUUAAUGUAUGAAGACCCGAAGAAGUGGAGCUUCACUUUCCAGUCUUACGUGCAAUUAACCAUGCUGCAAAACCACCUGCAGCAAACUGGGGCCCCAAUUAAACUUAUCGAACGCUCCCUCUAUAGUGCCCGUUACUGUUUUGUGGAAAAACUGGCCAAAGAUGGUUUAUUGCCCCAACCAUCUUUUGCUGUCAUCGACAAGUGGUUCAGCUGGAUAAAAUCACAAAAGCUGGCCGAAGUUGAUAUGAUUGUGUACCUCAGGACCUCCCCGGAAGUUGUUUAUGAACGAAUAUUGCAAAGGAAGCGUCCAGAGGAGAGGACAGUGUCUCUGGAGCACUUAAGGUCCCUAAAUCAGUAUCAUGAAGAUUGGCUGUUUAAUAAGAACAAGUUUGAGUGUCCCGCUCCCACUUUGGUGUUAAACGCUGACCAAGAGAGGGAAACUGUCGCCAAAGAGUUCCUGAGGCUUGAACCCGAGAUUUUAAGCACUUUAAAUAUAAAGGCGGAAGCACAUGGAUGAAAAUGAGUGUUCCCGAAUAAACUUUUAUACUGU